AUGUCCUUUGAUUCCUACUAUAUGAUUUCCAAGUCGAAAAGAUAUUCUGCGUUGUACAUCUGUGAGCUACCUUCUCAGUCGUUAUUAACGUCCCAGAACGCCACAGAAGAUUUUGUACUGACAGUCGUUUUGCAGUAUAUCGUCGAACUCGGUGGCCAAGGCUUGCUACCUGUCCUCAAUACGGAAUUUCACAAGCAUGUUCCUAUUUCCGAACGCCUACAGCUCCUGAAAGACAAUGCAUCUGCAUGGUUCAAGUUCAACAUUCGCCUAGUAUCUAUCCGAGAUCACCCUGCUUUCGCCACAGUAUAUUCACAAGCUUUUGGUUGGGUAAUAGAAAGAUCCUUUGUCGAUGGCCACCUCUGCCUGUUCGUUGAACAUGACCAAUUGGUUACGAUCUUUCCAUUAGUGCCACAAACCUCACCGCAAAUACACCGUGAGUGGUCCCCAGAAUCGCUGCGUCCUGUUCCCGACGCGUAUGUCGAACAAGUAUGGAUCGACCCAGCACAAAACCUGAUUGCUAUCGCGUAUAGCACCGAUGAUGACCAUUAUCGUAAUUCUCUGAGCUGGCCCGAUCGCCCGUUCUAUAUUGACCUCAAAGCUCUGGAUGGAGAUGGUGUCCACCCCCAAGCUGCUGGACAGACGUUAUUUCCAUCUGAACUUGAUGAAUUUCAAGCCCGCACUUUUAAGCUCCAGGGGCUCGGGAGGCAUAUUGCUAUCCAAUGCGUCCUGACGGGCUACUGGUGGUUGCAGAUCUGGGACUGGCAACACUCAACGACAUCCAACAGUGCCAUCAGCCACCCAUCACACGUAGAAUUUUGUUUCCUCGGAAAUAAUAGAUUCCUGACCAUGAACAACCUGGGUUUGUGUCUUUAUUCGAUUGAGGAUAUGUCCAAAGCACCGACAUUCCUGGCGGGCUUCUCGAUGCCCAUAUCAGUGCACAUGUACAUCGAGUAUGUUGGUCCUACAGACGAUAUUGCUCAUGGCCCACAACCGCAGAUGGAAGCACAUCAAACACUAUGGACCUCAGAUCCUGAACAUCGAAUACUGUUCUUCAUCAUGUACCGUGUAGCCUUCGCCAUUUCCACCAAGGUUUUCUUUAAUCUUGAUCCAUUUAAAGAGACAUUGGAUAAGAUACCUUGGGAACAGUGGGGCCCUCCAAACACCCGUGCGUUUCAAACAGAAUCCAGCGAAUCCAGAUUUGGCGCCAGAGGGAAUCAAGUUUUUCUGGCCGUCCCUAUAGUGGGUGCAACAGCAGAUGACGGCUCGGCUGUUACGGAGUAUAGUUUACAUAUGAUGGACUUCAGCCCCUUGGCUGUUCAGCGCCGACAGGGCCAAGGACGAGUGGUGAAAGAGCCAUCCACGAUAGUAGUGGAGGAUGAGUCGAUAACGACGUGCCUGCCUUAUGUCGAAGUGCUGUCGGAUGGGAAAUAUAGUGGUGAUGCACAUGAUGUAGUGAAGAUAUGGGUCGACUGCUAUGAAAUUUAUGUGCCUGUGGGUCCUUCUCAUGUUUCGAGGCAGUCCGCCGUACUUAUUUUAUUCAUAGAGACUGGCGUCUCCAUCAACUAUGAAUUGAUGUAG